UGGGUAUGUGGUUUUUCCACCCCUCCUUUGGCAACCUAUCGUAACCAAAUAAGUUCACCCCUCCUCUGGUAAACACAAGUGUUAUGAUGAUUCAUAGUCUCGGGUGUUGGGAGGUAAUCCCUUUCCAAGAACUCAACCAAACAUCUGUUGUGUUUAGAACGACCGGAGCUGUCGCGUGACUUGUGCGAUGUUCUGGCCCGGAACUAGCUUGAAAUUGUACGUGCAGAUCACGAGCGUGUUAAAAGUCAUUUCAAAUGUGCGAUAGAACAAAAAAUAUAACUCAUAUCCUUCGAUUAACCCCUCCUUUUCUAAAUUUUAAAUGGGCCAAUGGUAUAAAUAUAGUUUCUAAUCUUCAAUUUUUCCAUUAAACAUCCUUUUUAAUUUCAAAUUGAAAAACAUACGUCUUCAAUUGUCAGUAAAUAUUAAUAAUCAUCAUGCUUAAAACUAUUAUAAGAUCAAGACCUUAUAAUGGUCUUCGUAUAACAUCAUCGAUAUCAAGAAAUGUUAACCUUACUAGAUUCAAUUCAACUAAUCAAGCUAAUUUUCAUAGAUAUGAUUCAGCUGGAUCUGAUGAUGCGUCAGAUGCGGCUGAUGCUGCAGCUACAGUAUUAGCUGAUUUAAGAGAUAUCCAAAGACUGCCCAAUAAAGCUACUUGGGUUGAUGCCUUAAAUGAACGUGAAAAACAAUUAAAAGAAGGUAAGAUUCUUGAUAGUUAUAGUUACGUCAAUCCAAAAACUACUGAAAUAGGUGAUAAAACAAGAGCUGAUUCAUUCACUUAUUUAACCCUCCCAUUCAAAGAAGAUAAAUGGUUAUGUGAUGCUUAUAUUAAUGCUUAUGGAAGAUUAAGAGCAGGUCAAUUGUUUCAAGAUUUAGAUGCUUUAGCCGGUAGAAUUGCUUACAGACAUUGUUCACCUGCUGAACCAGUUAAUGUUACUGCUAGUGUGGAUAGAAUUUAUAUGGUUAAGAAAGUUGAUGAAAUUAAUCAUUAUAAUUUCGUUUUAGCUGGAUCGGUGACUUGGACAGGUAGAUCAUCAAUGGAAAUUACAGUUAGAGGUUAUGCUUUUGAAGAUUCUAUACCUGAAAAUAUAACUGAAGCUUCCUUACCAAAAGAAAAUAUCUUCUUAACUGCUAAUUUCACUUUUGUCGCUCGUAAUCCUUUAACUCAUAAAUCAUUUGCCAUUAAUAGAUUAUUACCAGUUCAAGAACAAGAAUGGUUAGAUUAUAGAAGAGCUGAAUCUCAUAAUGCUAAAAAGAAACUUGCAGGAAAGAAAUCAUCUGAAGUUGAACCAACUGAUGAAGAAAAUAGAUUAAUUUAUGAUAUGUGGAGAUCAUCUAAAAGUUUUGUUGGUACCGAAAGACCUAAAGGUGUUAGUUUCAUGAAAGAUACUUCAAUUUCAUCCACCAUUUUCAUGCAACCACAAUAUAGAAAUAGACACUCCUACAUGAUAUUCGGCGGUUAUUUAUUACGCCAGUCAUUCGAGUUGGCCUACUGUUGUGCAGCUGGUUUUUCAUCAAGUGGUCCUAGAUUUGUAUCAUUAGAUUCAACUACAUUCAAAGCUCCAGUUCCAGUAGGUUCGGUCUGUUCUAUGGAAGCCACUGUUAGUUAUACUGAACAUAUUCAUGAUGGUCCUGAAGAUGUUGAUGCUGAUUCUCCUUUUAAUUUUAGAUUACCUGCUACCAAUAAAAUUUCUAAAAAUGCUGAUGCUUUUCUUUCGGAACAAGGUACAUUGAUCCAAGUUAAAGUAGAUACUUCAAUUAAAGAUAUUGAUUCUGGUAUAGAUAAAGAAUCAGGUACAUUUAUUUAUUCAUUCUUUGUUCCUAAAGAUUCUUAUGGAGGUAAAAAGCCAGGUUAUAGUGCUGUUAUUCCCCAAACUUACUCAGAAAUGAUGACUUAUGUGGCAGGUAGAAGAAGAGCUCAAGAUACUGCUUAUUAUGUCGAAACUUUACCAAAGCUUGAACAAUAGAUCUCAUGCAAUCUAUAAUUAUUAUUUAUUUUCUUUAAUUAAAACUGGCCUAAUUAAUAAUAUUAUCAAUUUAUAUUUAUGUUUAAGAAUUUGUGUUAUUCUUGAGAGAUACUAACUGUAAUACAAACAAUUAUCAUUGCAGCUUAGUUUGUGUAGUCAUCUAUUAGGCUCUAUAUAUAUAGAAUGUAUCGAGAUACCUAUUAAUCCAUUUAAAAUGAAGAUUUAUUGAUAUUAAAGGACGCUUUUUACAUCUUUCAUUAAAAGGUAGCCAGAAUUUUGGAGUUACUAUAUCUCUUAUGUUUCUACAUAAAUGAUCUAAACUAGUGCUUGUAACGAUCUUGACCAUUUACUACAAUCUAUAACUUUAUAGAUGGAUUGGUUAAAGUUUGUCUUGGAUCUUACCUUCUUAGGAUUGGUAGUAGUUAUUAAGGGAUCUGUGAUCU